UUACUACUACUACGACUAGGUAGUUAGUUCCUCUUGUUUUUUUCACCCUCCCGCGCUCGUUCUUGCUUUUUGGGUUUAUCCGCCAAGUUCAAAGCUUUCGACGAUCCCGUUGCGCCUGAUCAGCAAUUGGACUUCUAGUCGUCAAUGCUAGUUUCUCUGAUCCGUUCGCCAAUGUAAAUCGCAUUGGACGUCUCGUCCUAAGUCACCCGCCACCGAUUCACCUGUACUAGGAAGGACGAACUAGUUCCUAUACCACGACAUUACCACGUCCGUCCUCGCGCGCGUCCAAACUUCUUCAACACUUACCGUGGCCUUAACGAAUAUUAAAGUAGUCUUCUGACAUCUUACCGUCUAUUUUAAAGCCUAUAAAGCCUCGAUUCAUUCUCCAGCUCAUUUGUAGUCUAAAUCAAAUACUCCAAUCUUCAAAAAUGGCGGAACAGCCUCGGCCAGCGUCGCAGAAACUCCCAGCUGGGCUGGCGACAGUCCUAAAUGCCCCCGAGGAAAACCGUGAUUCGGCAUAUUAUUCAAGCACCGAUGCUUCUAGCAAACGUAUAUACAUCGGCUGCCUCCGGCAUAGGCAUCAAUGUAUACCAUUCGGUACAGGACAAGACUCCCUCCCCGACCACGACGACACUAGUACCCCAGCCAUUAGUAUCUCCGUCGAGUAACAUGAGUGUGGCGUCGAUGGUGUCGCCAACGACACCGGGCAGCGGACGUUUUGAAAGACCUCAAUCAUUAGACUCUAUACCAGGUGGAUUGUCGAUAGGGGGAGCCAGUAUUGGACCGGAUUCUCGACGGGAGAGCGUUGACAGCAGGAUUAACCAGGGCUUUGGCGAUUUAAGGUUGGGUGGUGGUUCUCCUUAUGCUAGUCAGAACCAGUCGACGACAUCAAUCCACGGGGCCCUAGCGCAGCAGCGGAAUCCCCGCGUGGGGAUGGACCAUCUCUCCGUACAUAGGAUAUCAAAUGGGUACCAGCCUAAUGUUGAGCGCACACCUGAAGGGCAAAAUCCCAAGGCUGCUCGAACAGCACCGGCUAUUACUGGUCCCGCCACGAGCACUAUCGCGAGAGCCGCGGAACCCACUAAAGGUCAGGCCUGGGCCUUCCCAGAGGAUGAGGUGGGUGUGAGCCGUUUGCCUUCUUCAGUUGGCAACCACACAUUCUUCGAUUCGAGACGGAGUAGUAUUGCGGAGUCAAUUGCUAGCAGUCAAUUUACGACUGAAUCUCGAUUACCCCCGGGACAACGACGACUUGAUGACGGCCUGGCGCCAGACUUCCAGCAAACAAUUCAUCAUCAUACACUUCAACACAAGCAGCUUUCAGAUCUCCAUAGUGAGGAAUCGAGCCCCCAUAGCGGUAACCAGCCAUACAGUAGGACGCCUGAGUUGCGACAGAGCCACAAGCUUGCGGAGCGGAAACGUAGGACAGAGAUGAAAGAAUUGUUCGAUCAGUUGCGCGAGUUGAUGCCACAAGAGAGAGGAUCGAAAGCUUCCAAGUGGGAGAUACUCACGAAGGCCAUCGCCGAACACCAGAAGCAAACCGAUACCAUCAAAACUCUGUCAGGGCAUUGUCAAACAGCUAUACAAGAAGCGGAUAUGCUACGUCGCGAACUAGACAGGAUGCGCAUGGAGAAUGCGCAACUACGCGGAAACCUACCAGGUCUACCACAAGGUCAGGGCGCACCGAAUCAACCUAUGCCACCACAGCCGCCAACGGACCCUUAUGGUCGUGAUUCCUAUGGCGCACCGCCUCGGCCAGAACUACCUCCUUUAAGGGCUCUUAAUGGACCAGACUCUAUGACUGGUGUCCAGUAUGAAGGCCAGAGGCCCAACGGAUUCCAGCAAAAUCGAUUCUAGUAAGGAUGCGACUACGAUCAUUCGAAAACUUUCUUUUGUUGUUGUAAACGUGUUAUACGGGAGAGGCAGCCAUAAAAAAACUAGAAACUUUACGCUUUUAUAUCGAUACCCCUACGAGUUGACGGCUACUAUCACACUCGGUUAUUUCUAGUUGGGCUGCCGACGAGCACCUAACGGAACUCAAGGCGUACUCGGACUUGGUACAGAGGAUACUUUGUCGGACUAAGGUUAUUAUCUAGUGUUUUGUUAUUUGGGCGUUGGUGAAAAACCGCGAGACGGGAUGGCUUCUGGAUUCCUUCUGGCUUACCGAUGAUUGCUAAGGAUUUGGCCGAUCAUUGAUCAAUUAUUUCGACCUUCGAAUUUCUAGUGCCUGGGGAAUUCUUCUCUUCGGUAAUCCUAAAGAGGAGAGUGGUGUGCGCAAUUCUAUUCUUUUGCAGCUACCAGCUAGAGACGCACUUUAGAGGACAAGCAGACUCGUAAGAGU